AUGGCUGCCUCUCAGACCAACUCCAGCAUCGCGAUGGCUCUUGCUGGCAAGACCAAAACCGCCUCUGUCGAUAUCCCCCAGCCGCGUGCCGGCGCACCAGGCAAGGCUGCAUCGCGACCCGGCCAGCCGACCAUGCUCCCCACGCCACCCAACUCCAUUUCGCCCACUCUCCCCCCACAAGCCUUUAAGCAUCGCCCCGUCCUGUCACCGGGAUCGCCGCUGUCCACCGUGCCCCAGCUGGACUCCGACAUCGACCUGCAGGAUGCCGUCGACCAUGCCAACAGCCAGCAUCACCCGGAGUCGGCCGCGCACGAGGACCUCGACAGCGUCGGCACCAUCACCCCAGCCAUGCUGGCCCGCUACCACCUGCCUGAGAUCCUGCUGCACCAGGGCCCUCUCGCGAUCCGCCAUGUCAUGGGCUUCCUGACCACCUCGGUGCCCGGGUUCUCGCGCAUCCCUCCCGCGAAGGCGCGUCGGCUCGUCGUAGCUGCCCUCGAGGGUCGCGGCAACGACGACGCUGGUGGCGUGGAGGGCGACGUGAUCUUCGAGAAGAUCGGCUGGGGCCGCUGGGAUGCGCGCCGUCGCGGGGACUCCCCGCGCGAUCAUGAACGCUCGUUCGUGUCCUCGCCUCCAUCCAGCCUGGCCGGCUCCUUCCAACACCGCGGGCUGCAGAUCGAGGGCCGGCGCGGCUCGACCUGGUCCGCGGUGCGGAACGAGUACGGCGUGAGCAUGGCGAACUCGACCGCGUUCUCGUACACGGACGACUACGGCGCGCAUGAGGACCUGGACAUGCUCGAGCACGAGGCCGACAAGAUGUCGCUGGACGGCGACGACGGCCGCGAGUACUGCUCUUCCUCUGAGGCGCCGGAUGACCUGCCGGACGACGAGUGGAACGAGGGCGACGUCACCGAUGAGGAGGAUUGGGCGCGCAUCGGGGCCGAUGCCCUGCGCGCGCGCUCGAUCGGCGGCGGCAGCUUCAUGCGCAGCAGCAACGUUGCGGCUCGCGCCCAGCCUCUUCCUGCUGGGGCGUUCGGCAACGGACCCACUGCGGCCAAGUUGGCGCCCCGCAACUUCGAUACCCAGGAACGCGCGGCAGUAGAGGCUCUUCUUCGUCUGGGCUCUAUGUAA